UCUCUCUAUCUCAAGCUUCUCUCUCUAUCUCAAGCUUCUCUCUCUAGAUUAAGCCUCUGUAUCUCUCUCUAGUAGUUGGCGCCUCUCGGCAGCCUUCCUCGUUUACUAUCACCACUAUCUCCGUAAAAAAAAUUGCUCUUUUUUCCCGCGGGAAGAGGGAACAAAACGACGAUAAUAAAAGAAAGGAGCAGAGAAAAAGAAAGAGGGGGAAGUGGUGAGACCAAAAACAACGAAAUAGAGACAAGUUAAUACAUUGAAACACAGAACUAAGUUCUUCUCUUCUUCUCUCUCUGAGCGCCACAGAUAUCCUGAGCAAGGAAAAAGCUCUUCUUUGAAGUCAUGGGCUUGAAACCUCUAAUGGCGCUUGCGCUCGCUCUUCUGCUUCCGCCGUGGCGGCUCACUCCGGCGAUAGCCUCUGUUUCUUAUGACCGCAAGGCGGUGAUCAUUAAUGGGCAGAGGAAGAUUCUCAUAUCUGGCUCUAUUCAUUAUCCGAGGAGCACUCCGGAGAUGUGGCCGGAUCUUAUCCAGAAGGCGAAAGAUGGGGGAUUAGAUGUGAUUCAGACAUAUGUGUUCUGGAACGGCCAUGAACCUUCUCCUGGUCAGUACUACUUUGGGGGGAGGUAUGAUCUGGUUCAGUUUAUCAAGCUAGUGAAGCAGGCCGGUCUGUAUGUUCAUCUCCGCAUUGGUCCUUACGUUUGUGCUGAAUGGAAUUUUGGGGGAUUUCCAAUUUGGCUAAAAUAUGUUCCUGGUAUCAGCUUCAGAACAGACAAUGGGCCCUUCAAGGCGGCCAUGCAAAAAUUUACAGAGAAGAUUGUAAAUAUGAUGAAAGCCGAAAGUUUAUAUGAAUGGCAAGGGGGUCCUAUCAUCCUCUCCCAGAUUGAGAAUGAGCUUGGGCCAUUGGAAUAUGAUAUUGGAGCCCCUGUAAAAGCUUAUGGAAACUGGGCAGCUAGCAUGGCUGUUGGCCUUAAGACUGGCGUUCCAUGGGUCAUGUGCAAGCAAGAUGAUGCUCCUGAUCCUGUUAUUAACACAUGCAAUGGUUUCUACUGCGACUACUUCUCUCCAAACAAGCCUUACAAACCUACCAUGUGGACAGAGGCUUGGACUGGGUGGUUUACAGGGUAUGGUGGUCCAGUUCCUCAUCGACCUGCUGAAGAUAUGGCUUUUGCUGUUGCAAAGUUUAUUCAGAAAGGUGGAUCCUUCAUUAACUACUACAUGUAUCAUGGAGGAACAAAUUUUGGCCGGACCGCCGGCGGCCCGUUCAUUGCAACCAGCUAUGAUUAUGAUGCCCCAAUUGAUGAAUAUGGUCUACUAAGGGAGCCAAAAUGGGGCCAUUUAAGAGAUCUGCAUAGAGCAAUUAAGCUGUGUGAACCAGCUCUAGUUUCUAGUGAUCCUGUAGUUUCAUCACUGGGGAAUUCUCAGGAGUCCCAUGUAUUCAGAACAAAUUCAGGAGCUUGUGCUGCUUUCCUGGCAAACUAUGACUCAGGAUCUUAUGCCACAGUAACUUUCAAUGGAUUGCACUAUAAUCUUCCUCCUUGGUCCAUCAGCAUCCUUCCUGAUUGCAAAACCACAGUUUUCAAUACUGCAAGGGUAGGAGCUCAGACUUCAUUGGUGAAGAUGAGUUGGGUGGGAAGCUUUUCAUGGCAGUCUUACAACGAAGAGACCAAUUCCCUUGAUGAUAGUUCCUUUUCAAAAAAUGGUUUGUACGAGCAAAUUAGUCUAACAUGGGAUAAAUCUGACUAUCUCUGGUACACGACAUAUGUCGACAUUGGCCAAGAUGAACAAUUCCUGAAGACAGGAAACUACCCAGUCCUCACAGCUCUCUCCGCUGGCCAUGCAAUGCAUGUUUUCAUUAAUGGGCAAUAUGCAGGGAAUGCCUAUGGCGGUGUUGAUUCUCCAAAGCUAACUUACAGAGGAAAUUUGAAAAUGUGGGCUGGAAGCAACAAGAUCUCUAUACUAAGUGUGGCUGUUGGCCUGCCAAAUGUGGGAGAUCAUUUUGAGACUUGGAAUGCUGGAGUUCUUGGUCCAGUGACCUUAAGUGGUCUUAACGAGGGAAAUAGAGACCUGUCUCAUCAGCAAUGGACUUACCAAAUUGGCAUGAAAGGUGAACACCUAAGUCUUCAUUCACUUGAUGGAAGUUCCUCAGUUGAAUGGGGAGAUGUUUAUCCAAAGCAACCUUUGACAUGGUUCAAGACUUUCUUCAAUGCUCCUGGUGGAAAUGAACCUUUGGCUCUAGAUAUGAGUAGCAUGGGAAAAGGUCAGAUUUGGAUAAAUGGUGAAAGCAUUGGCCGUUACUGGCCUGCAUAUAUAGCUUCAGGUUCAUGUGGUGGUUGCGAUUACCGCGGUACAUAUGAUGAGAAGAAGUGCCAAAGUAAUUGUGGAGAGUCCUCCCAAAGAUGGUAUCAUGUCCCGCGCUCGUUUUUGAAACAAACUGGUAAUCUUUUGGUGGUGUUUGAGGAAUGGGGUGGAGACCCAACUAAGAUUUCUUUUGUCCAGCGAACAGUAGGGAGUGUCUGUGCUGAUGUUGCAGAAUGGCAAGCAACAGAACAUAAUUGGCGUACUAAAAAAUAUGGAAGGCCAAAAGCGCAUCUCUCUUGUCCUGCUGGGCACAAGAUGACCAACAUAAAAUUUGCUAGCUUUGGAACUCCAAGAGGGGGGUGUGGAAGCUACUCAGAAGGAGUCUGCCAUGCUCACAAAUCUUACGAUGCUUUUCAGAAGGAUGGUCUGUUACAGAAUUGCAUUGGCCAGCAAACUUGCGCUGUAGUUGCUGAUCCUGAAGUGUUUGGUGGAGAUCCAUGCCCUGGAACCAUGAAAAGGCUAGCAGUUGAAGCCAUCUGUGAAUAAUAGCUACCGAUGAAAUUCCAGAUACUAUAUUAACAUUUCAUAUAAAAAUUUUUAAUACUCCAUCUUGAAAGGAAGAGGGAAGAGUCUUCUUUGAGGCUGCAGCUUUUCAUAGUAAGCUGGUGAAGUUGCAGAAACUGCAACAGGCCGAUUGAUGGGGUUGAACAUACAGUUAAAUAGAAAGAAUUUAUAUUGUAAAUAGACUGCCUGCUUCUUACGAGGCAUAUUGUUGUUGAUUAUUUAAGAUUGGAGGUAUUUGGAGGAGUGUAGAUGUGACUCUGCAUUUAUAUUGAGUCCUAAUGCACCAUUAAAUUUGCAAACUUUGGGAAAGCCCUUAGUUUGCUGAUAAUUGUUUAGAUGUGAUAAUGAGUUAUGAGUUGCUGUAGUCUGUCAUAAAGCAUAUAUAAGAGAUAUAUACAUUGUUUUCAGUUUUAAGUUUCUUUGA